GGCGGCGGCGAGGCUGUUCGGGCCCAGACGCGCCAUGAGUCAGUUCGGCUUCGGCACGGGCGGCGGCGGCGGCUUCAGCUUCGGGACGCCCAAGACGGCGGUCGGCAGCAGCACCAGCACCAGCGCGGCCCCCGCGGGCUUCUCCUUCUCCUCGGCCAUCUCGGCGGGCGCGGGCACAGGCGGCGCCUUCGGCUUCGGUUCUCCCGCCCCGAACGCCGGGAGCGCCCCGCCCGCCGCCGGUCUCUUCUCCUUCGCCACGCCCGCCGCCUCCGCGCAGGCCUCCGCGUUCAGCUUCGGGAUGCCCCCGGCCUCGUCCGCGGCGGCGGCGGCGGCUACUCCCGCGGGGGGCGUCUUCACGCUGGGGGGCAACGCGCCCAAGCUGAGCUUGGGGGGCUCGGGCGCCACCACGGCCCCCACUGCGACCGGCGGGUUCGGGCUGGGCAGUAGCGGCGGACUGGCCGGCUCUGGCGCGAGCAGCAACGUUCCGGCCACCCAGGCGGCGGCGGCGGCGACACCCGCGGGAUUCGUGUUUGGCUCAGGAACCACGACGACGCCACAACCAGCUCCGGCUGCUCCCGUCGCCGCGGGAGGCUUCAGCUUUGGCGGGGCGGCCCAGACGGGAGCUCCAAAUUUUAGCCUCGGCUCGCUGGGGAGUGCCGCGCCGCAAACGGUGUCUACCGGCCCGGCCUUCGGAAUUGUUCCGGCCUCCACCAACGCCGCUGUGAGCACAGCAGCCGCAUCGCAGGCAGCCCCGGCCUUCAGCCUCGGGACAGCGUCCACCGGUUCUGGCUUUGGAGCCUUGGCUCCAGCAGCUGUCACUUCCACUGCCACAGCCUUGUCCUUUGGGGCUAAACCUGGAGGUACCACUGUCACUCCGGUGGCACCUGCCAUUACAAGUUCAUCUUCCCUCCUCGGCCUAUCAGGGCCCACACUGUUUGCAACUGUAGCAGGCUCUUCGGCUCCAGCUGCCUGUACUGCCACUAGCCUUUCAGUGGGUACCUCCUCAACAGGGGUGGCUUCCAUUGGGACCUUGGGAUUUGGCUCUAAAAUGCCUGGAGUGACCACAGCAGCAGCCGCUGCCCCCCCCACAGCUGGGGCUGCUUCCAUACCUGUUACAGGAUUUCUCUUGAACCUGAAGCCCCUUGCCACAACAAGCGUGGCUGCUUCCACCUCCACUGCAACCACCACAACUGGCAUGACUCCCCCUGUGAUGACCUAUGCCCAGCUGGAGAGCCUGAUUAACAAAUGGAGCCUGGAACUGGAGGACCAGGAGAAGCACUUCCUUCAGCAGGCUACCCAGGUCAACGCCUGGGACAGGACAUUGAUUGAAAAUGGAGAAAAGAUCACAACCUUACACAGAGAAGUAGAGAAAGUGAAGCUGGAUCAAAAGAGGCUGGACCAAGAGCUGGACUUCAUUUUGUCUCAGCAAAAGGAGCUGGAAGAUUUGUUGAUCCCAUUGGAGGAAUCUGUGAAGGAGCAGAGCGGAACAAUCUACUUGCAACAUGCAGAUGAGGAACGGGAAAAGACAUACAAGCUGGCAGAGAACAUUGAUGCCCAGUUGAAGCGCAUGGCCCAGGAUCUGAAAGAUAUCAUUGAGCACCUGAACACCUCUGGGGGCCCUGCUGACAAUAGUGACCCCCUUCAGCAGAUUUGCAAAAUUCUGAACGCACACAUGGAUUCUUUGCAGUGGAUUGAUCAGAACUCAGCUCUGCUGCAGAGGAAAGUGGAGGAGAUGACCAAGGUCUGCGACAGCCGCCGGAAGGAGCAGGAGCGCAGCUUCCGCAUCACCUUCGACUGAGCGCGCCGCCUGGUGCCCCCCCCCUCCCCGCCGCUUCUUUUUGUACCCCUCAAUAAAAGAGUUUCUCUCCCA